AAAUAACCACCCCUCCACCUUAGAAAUUCAUUGACCGCACAUUUUUUUGUUCCUUCUCUACUCUCUUAUUCUCUCAACCUACUUUAGUGCCACUCACCUAUUCAUUACACAGAUACAUACAUAUUCAUACAUAUAUAUAUAUAUAUAUUAGAGGAACUCUGGGUUACUCCACAACUUGUUAAUAUUGUUGUGGGACUUAAAACUCAUAUCUGUUUGGGUUUUGCUUGAAUAAUGAAAUUUGAGGACUUAUUGAUGCAGCCAAGUGACGAAAGGCAGAAAAGAAUCGACCUUGAGGAGGAGGUAGAGAAAUUGCAGGAAGAACUAGAUGGAGAGCUAAAACUGAACAAGGUUUUGCAAUGUGCGCUACAAGGCCCCAUUCAUUCUUGUCCCUGUCUAUCCUCCAUCCUUCCACUUAAGAUUCAGGAACUUCUUGCAGAAAUGGCAAUGGUGGAGGAAGAAAUUGUUUGGUUAGAAAGAAAAGUAGAUCAGCUGAAAUUCAGUUUGUACCGAGAGAGGAACCAGAGGGAAGAAUGGGACUUGCUGCCACCAAAGUGGAGGCAGCAUCAACCGAAGCAGUUAAUAUGCGGGCAGGGAAGCCAAACAGAACUUAAGGAUCUCAAACACCUUUCCAGAUCAAACAAUUAUGAAGAAAUUAGAAAACACAAAUCUGUAAGAGAAAGAGGAGCCUCUCUGGGUUCUGCUAUGGAUAUUCAAAGCAGGUCUUCCACAAGUGCUAAAGAGGAAAUUGUUGAAAACUCGAGAUAUCUGCGAAGAAGCCGAAAUCAUAGCCAUCUAGAUAUAGAAAUUGUCAUUGAGAACCCAAAUAAACUCUCAGAAGAACUUCUUGAGUGCUUGAUAGGGAUAUAUCUCAAGCUGAAUAAGGUGUCAGUAGACAGCAAAGGAUCAGCUGUUGCUCCUAAGCAUGCUCUCUCCUGCAUGAAUCCAAAAGGGUUGGUGUCAAAGACCACAUUCAACUGCAAAGCACCCAUAUUCUCAUUUGAUGACAACGUAUCAAGUCUCGACCCUUAUCGUAUACUACCAGAUUUUGAUGCCAUCAGAGAUGUUGGACCAUACAAGAAUUUCAUCCAAAUCACAAGAAGUUCAUUGGACACGAGCCGUGUUACUGAAUUUUUUUCAGCGAUAGGAAAAUCGAGGGAUUUGAUGAAUAGACUCUGCAAUGUGGACUUAACUUUCCUGAACUACAAGCAGAAAUUAGCAUUCUGGAUCAACAUCUACAAUGCCUGCAUAAUGCAUGCAUUUCUACAGCAUGGACUGCCUUCCACACAGGAGAAACUGCUGGCACUUAUGAACAAGGCUGCAAUAAAUGUGGGUGGCAUAGUACUUAAUGCUUUGGCCAUCGAGCACUUCAUCCUUCGGCGUCCAUCUGAUUCUAUGCAUGGCCCAGCAGAUGAGAAGGAAAUGCUGCUACGACAUGCUUAUGGUCUGGGGUAUCCGGAACCCAAUGUGACAUUUGCUCUUUGCCGAGGCAGCUGGUCUUCGCCAGCAUUAAGGGUUUACAGGCCAGACAGAGUUGUGAAUGAAUUAGAGAAAGCAAAAGUGGAGUAUUUGGAAGCCUCCAUCGGAAUUACAAGCAAGAAAAAGAUUCUAGUGCCGAAGCUUCUGCAAUGGCACAUGAGAGAUUUUGCAGAUGAUAUGGAGUCACUACUGGAAUGGAUUUACAGUCAAUUGCCUCAUUCUGGCUCACUGAAAAGGUUGAUGAUGGAGUGCCUAAAUGGUGAAACAAAGUCUCCUUUAGCAAAACUAGUAGACAUUCAGCGUUAUGAUUCUGAAUUCCGCUACUUGCUGCCCUUGUAAGGGUAACAACAAGAGAUAACAAAGAUGCUGACUGAACAGUUUAGAUCUCAACAAAUUGAAAGCAUUAUAAGGAGAGAAACGGCCAUAACUCUGUUCCACAUAUGAUAGUAUUGUUCCAAUAACAUGUACUUUGUCAAGCUCAGAUUUAUGAUUGUUUAACGUUGAUAAUACCAAAAGUUUGAAUUUAAAUUUAGUAUGACCUAUGUUUCAAGCGUGAAACACCACAAGAAAAUGGUUUGCUUUCAUGAAGAGUCCGGUACUCUACCCAAGACAUAGUGAAGAACCACAAAAGCAGGUCACCAUAC